AUGCCUCCCGUUCGAAACAGGGGAGCGAGAAGAGCAGAAAAUCAGGAAUGCUCUUCGUCAUCAAAUAACAUAGAUUCCAUAGAGAGUCUUCGACGACAGUGCGCCGAGAAGGGAUUAUUAACCCAUGGACGAAAGAAUGCCUUAGUUGCUCGCCUUCAAAACCACGCCGCAGAAAAUGUAAAUUCGCCAUCAACACCGCCUCAAGUCGAGGUCUCGUCAGCGUUGCUUACUGAAUCACAGAUAGCGCAAAUCCAGUCAAUCAUAACGCGAACUGUGGAACAAUCGGUAAGCGAAAUAGCAUCCAAUGCAGCAUGCAGCCUGCGCUGCUAUUCAAGCCAUGGCAAACUCGACGCCUAACACUAGCGAGAAUACCUUAGUCGUCCAGGAUGAAAGCGAAGAAAUAACUGUUAACCCCAGCUCAAAUACCACGUCAACCAACGCACUUAUGUUUGGUUCCAAUCAGGCAGCGGACAGCGUGGCAUAUGGAAAUGGCUUUCACGAGGUUCCCGCGCAGGACAUCAAACAAAUUCAAUCGG